GAAGCGAGCGGGUGGGGUGCGCUUUCUUUGACGAACCUUCGCCAGGCUCUGCGUUUGCCUAGUUACUAACCCGGGCGCUAACGCGAGCGGACACCAGGUUCCUCUCAGAGUCUGCCAGCGGGGCCUGGGCCUCAAGCGGCUUGAGGCGGGCCCUGCCCGAUCUCAUGCCAACCUCUGAAGCCGCGCCUUAGGACUUCUACGUGCCCCGCAGCCAGGAGGUUAUUCAGCAAUAGUUAUGAACUCCCGUUUACGAGCCUUAGGUGGGAGGAUAAAUAACAUACGAGCAUCAGAACUACCAAAAGAGAAAACCCGAUCAGAGAUAAUCUGUAACGUCCACUUUUUGGAUGGCUCAGUACAAAGCUUCAAAGUCAAUAAACAAGACACUGGACAGAUUUUGUUGGAUAUGACCUAUAACCAGUUGGGUGUGACAGAGAAGGAAUAUUUUGGUUUACAGCAAAAUGAAACUUCAGUAGAUUCACCUUUUUUCAUUUCACAGCGAUGGCUUGAACCAAACAAACCUAUUAGAAAACAGUUGAAAGGAGGUUUUCCCUGCACCCUUCGUUUCCGUGUAAGGUUUUUUAUACCUGAUCCUAACACACUUCAGCAAGAACAAACCAGGCACUUAUUCUUCCUGCAAUUGAAGACUGAUAUUGUGGAAGGAAGGUUGUCAUGCCCCAUUAAUUCUGCUGUUGUCCUGGCAUCAUAUGCAGUACAAUCACAACUUGGAGACUAUAAUGCUUCAGUACAUCAUUCAGGAUAUCUGUCAAAUUACAGCUUUAUACCAGAGCAGAACAAAGAUUUUCUUACCAAAGUAGAAUCGCUACAUGAGCAACACAGUGGCCUCAAGCAAUCUGAAGCGGAGUCCUGCUACAUAAAUAUAGCACGAACACUUGAAUUCUAUGGAGUGGAAUUGCACAGUGGUAGAGAUCUCCAUAAUCUAGAUCUCAUGAUUGGGAUUGCAUCUGGUGGAAUUGCUGUAUAUAGAAAACUCAUUUGCACAAGCUUCUAUCCCUGGGUGAACAUAUUAAAAAUUUCCUUUAAAAGGAAAAAGUUUUUUAUACAACAACGGCAAAAACAUAAUGAAUCCAGAGAGCAUAUUGUUGCCUUCAACAUGUUGAAUUACAGAGCAUGCAAAAAUCUAUGGAAGUCUUGUGUAGAGCAUCACACGUUUUUUCAGGCAAAGAAGUCACUACCUCAUGAAAAAAAGAUAUUGUCACAUUAUUGGACCCUGGGUUCUAGAAAUCCAGCUAAGUCUGUAAACAGCCAGUACUGCAGAAAAGUUAUAGGUGGAAUGGUUUGGAACCCAUCUAUGAGACGAUCUUUAUCUGUUGAGCAUCUAGAGACCAAAAGCCUUCCUUCUCGAUCACCUCCUGUUACCCCUAAUUGGCGGAGUCCUAGACUACGUCAUGAAAUUCGUAAACCACGGCACUCAUCUGUAGAUAACCUUACAAAUGAGAUUAGUUACAUUACUGAAACGGAGGAUGUUUUUUACACCUAUAAGGGCUCUCCAACGUCGAAGGACAGUGAUUCGGAGUUUUCUCAGAACCGUAGUCCACAGAGGAGGUCAUCUGAACAAGAAUCACCAAAGAAUGUAUUGGGAAACAGUCCAACGCGGAGUUCUCUGACUCGUAUCUCACCUAAAGCCUUGGCUCAGUCUCCCAAUGGAGUUGGUAACAUUUCUGGCUCUUACCCGUUGGAAGGGGUGGAUAAACAGUUCUUAGAAACGUAUGACAACGUUACAAAAAGUAGCUCAACGGAAGAUUCCAGUCAGUACUACUGUGAUAAGAAUGACCUAAUUGAGGGAGAUUUACUUUUGGUGCGUAUCAUACCAGAUGAAGAUGGGAAGUUUGGAUUUAAUCUAAAGGGUGGUGUAGAUCAAAAAAUGCCAUUAGUGGUAUCAAGAAUAACUCCAGGAUCACCUGCUGAUAAAUGCAUUCCAAAACUGAAUGAAGGUGAUCAGAUAGUAUUAAUUAAUGGCCGAGAUAUCUCAGAGCACACGCAUGACCAGGUGGUCAUGUUCAUAAAAGCCAGCAGAGAAUCUCACACGAGAGAGCUUGCACUUUUGGUCAGGCGGAAAGUAGUUAAACAGUUUGUGGAGCCUAAAUCAGAAGACGAAGCUGACUCCCACAAUCUCCCAGAAUCUCUUCUUCCGAUCUGUUCUGAAUAUGGUGGUGAUACACUGGAGGAGUCUAUGGAGCAGCUAAGAAGAGGGCUGGAAAGUGGGACUGUCCUUAUUCAGUUUGAGCAACUUUAUAGAAAGAAACCAGGGUUGGCUGUUACAUGUGCAAAAGUACCUCAGAAUAUGGACAAGAAUAGAUACAAAGAUGUUCUACCUUAUGAUGCCACAAGGAUAAUAUUGCAAGGGGAUGAAGAUUACAUUAAUGCAAAUUAUGUGAAUAUGGAAAUUCCUUCUGUGGGCAUUGUGAACAGGUACAUUGCUACUCAGGGGCCUCUUCCACACACAUGUGCACACUUCUGGCAAGUAGUCUGGGAUCACAAGUUGUCACUGAUCAUCAUGUUAACAACUCUCACUGAACGAGGACGGACCAAAUGUCAUCAGUAUUGGCCUGAUCCACCAGAUGUAAUGGAAUAUGGCAGCUUUCGUGUCAGAUGCCACUCUGAAGAUUGUACGAUUGCCUAUGUUGUCAGAGAAAUGGUGAUUACGAAUGUUGAGACAGAACAACAACACACCGUCACCCAUCUCCAGUACGUCGCUUGGCCUGAUCAUGGUGUUCCUGAUGACUCCAUGGACUUCUUGGAGUUUGUGACCUGUAUGAGGCCAAAGAGGGUAGAGAAUGAGCCGGUCCUUGUUCACUGCAGUGCUGGAAUCGGUCGCACUGGUGUAUUGGUCACUAUGGAAACAGCCAUGUGCUUAAUUGAAAGAAACCAACCUGUUUAUCCACUGGAUAUUGUACGAAAAAUGCGAGACCAGCGAGCUAUGAUGGUGCAAACAUCAAGUCAAUACAAAUUUGUUUGUGAAGCUAUUCUUCGUGUUUACAAAGAAGGAUUGGUUCGACCACUGGAUUCCAGCUAGCACAGCAGUGAAGGAUGAAUUCUUUUUUCCCCUAAAAAGACUGCUCUUUAACUAAAACAAGGGCUUGUUUCUGAAGGCAACUAUAAUGGACUAGAAGCCCAUGAAAAGACAGAUGAGCACAUUUGAACUGUGGCACUUUAAAUUUCUCAAGAAGAUUGCUAAAUCAUGUACAGUAUAACAAAGUCAUGUAGAUAAAUAUAUGAGAGCAAUUGUGUGUAAUAUGCUUUAUUCACAUAGACAACCAUAAACAAUCAUGGAAACCUUAAUACAUGUCUUUUACUGCCUUAAAACACCCUUCACUUUGGAAGUUACAAAGGUCCUUGUGUUUCCUUUGAAAUAGCAGAAAGAAAACUCAUAGUAUUGAAAUGAUUCAGCUUAAGAAGGUAUUUAGUAUCUUUGUAUUGUAUAAAAGCUCAUUGAAGGUGAAUAGUUGUAACUUUCUUAUUGGGACACUAAAUGUUCAUGGAAAUGUAACCUUGACUUCUAAAAGGCUGACAAAGAGCUUUAAAGGCUAAUAAUGCGUAACUACUGUACAUUAAGAGCUGGAGAAAUUAAGUAUUCAGAUACCGUAAAUCUAUUAGUAAGUAUGCCAGCUGUUAUAAUACGCUUCCUAGAAAUCGCAUCUACUGUAUGUGAUGUGCAAAAUAAUGCUGCAUUUAAGCAUUUAUGCAGAUGGUACAAUCUACAUCUUCUGUUGAUCAAUUUUAAUUGCAACUUGCCCUUUUAACAGUGACCUACUUACAGUUUUAGUUAUUGUACUCCUUUUCUGUUUCUGCUGUCUAUCUCCUUUAUACUCGUUUUUCACUGCUGUUUCUAUACGUGGACUGAAAAUAUUUUAAUUUAAAUCAAGGUUUAAUUCUCUGUCACCUUUGUUUCCAUGUGUAUUUAUGAGUUCCUAGAUGUAAAUGUGGAUUAAUGUUGCACACAUGUACUAGACUUUUGACUUACUGUAUAUGCAAAGUAGUCUAAUCCAAUACUGGAAGAAAAAUUACUACUGAACCCAUCAAAUAUGUUGCUGCUAAUUCAAGGUGUGAAGCUUACAAGGGCACAGGUGUUGCUAGUGUUCAGACGGUGAUAAAAUGUUGACUUGCUGCCCUUCAGCAAAAACUGCUCUUAUCCAGUGAAACACGACUCCCUUUUGCAAGAGUUCUGCGCAUUUACUGUGUUUCUUGCUUUAUGGAAAUGCAGCUAAAGUCACAUGAAGACUUACGUGGAAAGAGGGAAUGAAUUUGUACAAUGAUGAAUAAUUCACCCUAAGGUACACUGGUCUCCAUUUCAUUUCAAAUGGGAGAAUUGGACUUUCUGAACAAUAUAACCACAUUUGUAUGAUGUUAAUUUAUUUUGUGUGUGCUUUUUGAUUACCCUGAGAUAGGUCUUCAUGUUCGAAUAGUGUUUAAAAAAAAAAAAUAUUCUAAGAGACUGUUUAAAAAUCUGUUAUUUAAAAGAUUAGUCCUAAAUAAGGAAAAAUUUUUAUGGGGCAUAUUAGCUGGGUGUUUAUAUGUGUAUAAAAGAAAAUUAGAUAAUUUUCUUUUUAGAUAUAUAUAUACACACAUAUUCAGAUAUAUUUUAGAAUUAUGGUUUGUAUUAUGGAUAUUAUCAUUUGUAUCUGGAGUUUCAUUAUAGAAACUGCCACAGCUGUACAAUAUGCAUCUCUCAUGUUACCAGAAGGUUAUGGGUUUUUCCCCAGGAGACAGCUGAAAAGUGAAUGUAGGAUGUGCUGAAUUGCUGACUCUUGUCUUCUGUAGGCUUGGUCCUUUCUUCAAGAUUACAUUAUUUAUUACAGGUAAAGACGAUACCUGGUUACUAUUGAGUGAUCAAAAGAGUUUUAAUUGGAACAUGCAGGGUAAUUGGCAACAUGGAAAGUGUCUUGGCUUUGUUAGGUUGAAAGAUGAUUAGGUUUGCGCUCAUUCUUGUAUGCUGCAUUCCAGAUUUCACUUUCACUGAAGCUUUUGUAAUACUUGGGAUCAUUAUCCUCUUGCUUGAUUGGGCACAGAUUGGAAGGCAAGAGACUGUAACUGGUUCAGUCUUAACGUGCUAAACUGCAUCCAGUCACUCAAUCUGUCUGUGACUCCAAAAGUAAAAUGAUACUGGACAUGCACAUGUUGGUCGGGAAGCUUUUUUUGAAAAAUGCAUGUGGAGAAAUGUUGUACAAGUGCAGGCUGCCUGCUGCUGUUAGAGAGAAUAUUGACCAGUGAGACAACCUCGUGGCUCUUUCCCACGUGAGGAGUAGUGGGCACUAAAGAAUCUGUGCCUGCUGAGUGGUUAACGAAAGCCUCCUUUUUGUUAUGUGUGUCCCUUUCUGUUAAAACAUCUCUUUUUUCAUUAUUUUUUUUAAGUUUUGUUGUGCCCGGGUCUCAGUCAUCCCUUGCAGUUGGCAUGACUUCCAAUUAAUAGUUUGUGAAGAAGUGAAAAAGGCAAGGAGCAAAAAAGCAAGAAAAUAAAUAGUAAGAAAAUAUUUAGAGCAUCUCUUUGUGACAUCUGUUUCUUUCAUGGAAGUACUUGAUUAAACUUACGGUUUAUUUGUGUUCAAGGUUAUUGUUAUAUUCCUAUCGCUAUUUAUGUUUCUUUGUGUUGAACGUGUAUUUACCAAAACACUGUAACCGUAUUCCUUAUAUAACUCCAGCCUCAAGAUACGUGGUGUAGGCUUGGCUUACAUUAGUAUGUGUGUGUUUAAAUGAUGAUGAUCGUAUUGUGACAACAAAUGCUGCUCUUGUUCCGGUAAACUUAGAUGGUUUCGGUAAUACCAUUCAUGAACUCUUAUUUGGACUUUAAUAAGUUGUUUGACAUUGAUGGCCACUAAGAGACUACUCAAAGCUAUAAAAAUAGUAAUCUCUGUAAUAUUUGAUUUUUUUUUUUUUUUAAAACCAUAGAGCAAAUAUUAACUACGCAAGUAUCUUGUACAUUGUGUCCAUCUUUAUUUCAGUCUUGCUGGGUUUUGCACAUGUACCUGUAGGGUCCAUAGGGGAGAAUGAAGGGGUUUUUGUCUUCUCUCUGUAGUGUGUGAUGACUUUGCACUGAAUAAUGUAUGCCUUAGAUCUGAUCUUGCAAUGAAAGCCUAAUUAUGAAAACAUCUUCUUAAUGCUGGCUUUUGUUUCCACAAGAAUUAGGAAAUUAAAAAGACACAGAGUUGAUUGACUUUUUCUUUUUCUUUUUUUUUUUGGUAGCAGUUAAAACUCCUAACACAAAUUUUUUAACUGUCAAGCAAUUGACAAAUAGCAGAAAAUGCUGUGAAGUCAAGAUUCUGUAUAACCUUCAUAAACAGUUUAACUUUGGUUUUUGCCUGUGCUUGUGUGAUCAUGACAAUAAGUAUUCAAAAUUUCUGGCAUGGUGGUGGAUGAAGAGGGAGUAAUAAGCCUUUGAGGUUUUCAUCACUGUGAAAUACACUAACAUUUAUUCUUCAGAAUUAAAGAAAUUUUAACUAAGUGGCUUUAUAUUUGAUACAGAAGUAACUAAAAUGCCUAUGCACAGUGUCUUCAGAAAUAUCGCAGGGGAACACUUCUGAGACAGAGGUGGGAGGGACAGAUCUUACCAUGUAUGGAAAAUAAGAAAAACGGUGCCGUAAACCAUGAAUGCCUUUUGUGUAACAGGAUGUAUGAAAUAUGAAUCAUUAAAAUACAACCGAACCUUGAAUAGUGGUGGUGUUUUGAAAAACCAACCAAACAAAAAAUUCUGUAAUCCAGGGGUUUGCUUUCAAUAAUCCUGUCUUUUAGGUGUUGGUACUAAAUUAUAUGCAAUCAAAAUGUACCUAAGAAUUCAGCAAUAGCUCUUUGUAUACGCUCAUUGUUUUUAAUGUUUCUCUUUUUUUCCCUCCUUUUUUAUACUAUGCAACACUUGGUGAAAAGUAUAUCUAUAUUUCAAAAGAACUGUAGUUCUGAAGUAUCUAAUGAACUAUGCAUUUGCUUUAUUACAAGCAUAAUAUGAUACCGUUUUACAACAAAAGUUCUCCCCUGUAGAUAGUGUUCUUAUGUGUCAGACUAAAUGCAUAAAUGGUCCACUGAUUGAAUAUGUUGAAAAGUCACGUAUGGUUCAUAUUCAAUCAAUUAAAAUUUAAACAUAGUUAUUUCACUGAUAAUGGCUUUAUUGUUAUUGCUUUAUUGCUGAAAUGUAGCAUCUAAGUGCAAGUUUAUUUUACUCAUUUACAUAAAGCCUUUAUCGAAAGAGCAUGUGCUGGGAAAUGUUUGUAUUUCAAUUGGUAACCUGCAAUUAGUCUACUUGGUUAAAAGCAUUUAUCAAUUGAAACUAUAUAGAAGGUAAAGUUGUGUCAUUAAAUACUUUAUUCAAAGGCAGUUGAAAGCCAAGUGAAUGAUUAAUUCAUUAUAUAAAACAUAAUGUUUUGAUUAAAUGGAUUCUCUUGCAUUUAAGUUCUGACACUGAUAGUGUUAAGCCAUCUCCGAUGACUGUCUGUUUUAACAAUAGUAUUAUAUUAACAUUUUAAAUAUAGCAAUCUAAUGCAAUAUGAUUUAGUUUUAGUGUACUUUAACAUAUUUAAUGUUCCAGUUGUUCAGUAGCUGUACAAGCUUCAAAAAAUAGUAUCCACAAUCACUGAAACUUGUCGUCUUUUUUUUUUUUUUUUUUUUAAGAAAAGUAAGUUUCACUGAAU